AAGGUGUGUGUUUCUGUUUUGAGUUGACAGGCGGCACGCGCUUGUGAUACGAAUUUAUAGUUACUACCGUCAUAACUUAAUUUCAACCUUUUUUUGCUGCACUGCCUGCAAUUCAUGAGAUGCGCAUGACUUCAGUGGAGGCCGUUUACAAUGAAGCCCAAAAUGCCAAGAUGCAGGAGAUCAACGAGCUGCUCGUUGCGGCCGGAUAUUUUCGAGCAAGAAUUAAAGGCCUCUCGCCUUUUGACAAGAUUGUCGGAGGCCUGGCAUGGGGUAUCGAAGUCUGCGCAGUUGACAUCGACGUAGACUUGCCCUUCAACGAGAACCUCAACAUAGGACAGAAAAUAUCCCUUACAGAAAAAAUAGUUGCUGUCCUUCCCCGGAUGAAAUGUCCUCAUCGUAUCGAGCCGCAUCAGAUCCAAGGUCUGGACUAUGAGCACAUCUUUCCCGUCGUUCAGUGGUUGGUUAAGAAAGCGAUCGAGACAAAGGCUGAAACGGAAGACAUACACCGGCAGUAUGCAGUGUACCUUUUUAACAAAGGCCAUUCUCCAUUGCCGCAGGAAGAAGCUCUGAAAGAACCUAUAGAAGAAGGCUUCUGCAGGUCAUACAAAGCAUUGCAAGAUCGUUACUGCCCCAAACGCAAGUACCGCCACCAUUCUCGUCACCUGCUCACCACUGAGGCCCUCCAGGUGGAGGCCACCCUCCUGGAAUACGGAGUCCGUACGGCGGGGGCGAAUCGCACGAGGAGCUCGUCGGGUUCGAAGGAGGACGCUGCCGAUGUUGUUGCUACGCAGGCAGAGGAAUCCACAAGUGCCCUAAUUAGCAGCAUGGCCCCCUUGGCUGCCCAUGAGGGAAAACUGACAAGCAAAGCAGUUGGGAGCCUUGUAGAGAUGCAGACGGCAGAGAUCCAACAAAUCGCCGAGGACUACAGCCGCAAGCAACUCUCUCUCGCGCCCGGUGUCAGCAAGCAGGAGAGGAUGCUCAAUUCAAUUCAACGCCAGCUAGAAGCAAAACAGCAAAUACUGGAAAAGUGUCGUGAACGGGUGGACAAACUUCGUGCUGAUUAUGAAGCCAAGCAGAAGGACCAAAGAGAGGCAGAUAAAGCCCUUAAAGCAGAGGAAGACGCGACAGAACGCCUAGAAAUGGGCUCGGGUGACGACGAGCCGCUCCUGAGAAAGCUGUGCGCGCUGUUACGCUUGGACGAGGAGCUCGGCCAGCAGGAGACUGAGUUCCGCCGCAACUGCAGGGAAGAGAUGAAGAGGCUGCAAGGAGCACUGCAGGAGCUGGGCUCCGCCGAAGAAGCGAAGAAAUCCCCCGCAGGUGGAGCAGCAAUGACGGAAGAGGAGGAUAAAGUGUCGCAGCAGCUCGAGCAGGACAGGGAGAAGCUGCAGCACAUGCGCAUGCUUCUGGCUAAGAAGAACAGGGAAAUAGCUGUAAUUCAGAGGAAGAUAGACGAAGUACCUUCACGAGCGGAGCUGAGCCAGUAUCAGAGGAGAUUUAUUGAACUCUACAGUCAAGUCUCUGCAACACACAAAGAGACCAAGCAGUUCUACACUCUCUACAACACUCUGGAUGAUAUCAGGGUCUACUUGGACAAGGAGAUUGGCCUGCUGAACUCUAUCCUGGAAACCUUCACAGAUGCCAUGAACAGCCCUGCAGCACGGGAACAGUUCCUUGUGCAGUUUGAGAAAAUUGUUGAAGGAGUGAAGCAGAACAGGCUCAAGGUGGAGAAAAAGCGCCAAGAAGCGAAAGGAUCACGUGACCACUUACACGACCAGUACCUCGAGCUUGUAGACAAACAGAGGCUCUACUUCAAAACAGUGAAAGAAUUCAAAGAGGAAUGUCGAAAGAACGAGAGCCUUGUUGGUAAACUAAAAGAGCAGUCUGCGAGGCAAAGCUAGGUGUACUCGAAAAUGUUAGUUCAUAAAUGUAGUGUUGUCUGCUGCUGUAGAGAAGGGCGGAGCUUGAACAAAAAGCAAUGCUGGUAUCUUAUUAAUAUAACAUGUAAUGGUGAAUGAAAUCGCUGCAAAACUUAUAUGGAAUAAACGUUGGAAUGUUGUUGCAAG